CAUCACAAACAUUUUCAACACUCUGAAAUCGGAAUCGAAAGAGUGAGUUUAAUUAGGAAUUGGAAACGAAUAGCUUUGUUUGUGUUAAUUCUUAGUGUUAUGAGUAUAACUUAAAAAAUAUUCUACACAUCCUAAAAUUUAUAGUGUGAGUAAGCAUCUCAUCCGAUCCGUGUGCCGCAUAAAAUUGAAAAAUCUUAUCUGCAUUCACAGUACGCGAGAGAAGAUACAUAAUAUCCUUGUUGAAGAUACAUAUUGCUUUUUUGUCAUCAAUGAAUAUGCAGUGAAAUGAAAUCAUAAUGCGUUACAAUUUAUUCGCGUUAGUACUAGUGGUUGAAUAGACACGGUAGCAGUUACUACAACUGAAUAAAAUGCCUUUUGUUAACAUAAAGAAGCAAUAUAUAGCAAUCGGCAUGUUAGUUUUCGUGGCUUUAUUUUUCUUCAAUACUCGACCGGCUUUCCAGUGUCAGAUAACUCAGGAAGUGAAUACAUAUUUGCCUACAAUUUAUGGCAUUACACCAACCUAUGCCCGACUAGCACAGAAGGCUGAUCUUACAAGAUUAUCACAGACACUUAUGUUAGUUCGAAAUUUUCACUGGGUUAUAAUUGAAGAUUCUGAAACUAAAACUAAGCUAGUUGAGAAUCUAUUAAAAGAAUCAACAUUAAAAUACACUCACCUCAAUGUCAAGACGCAGAAAUCGAAACAUUCUACUGGAUUGGAUAUAAAUAUAUGUGUUUUUAAGACAUCUAAGUACUACACAUCUUGGUAUUGUGCAAGUGGUGUAGAGCAAAGAAAUGCAGCCUUGAGCUGGCUUCGAGAUCAUUUACGGCAAGUAGAAGACAAAAAGGGUGUUGUAUACUUUAUGGAUGAUGACAAUACCUAUGCGUUAAAAGUCUUUGAUGAGAUGCGAAAAAUUAAGAAAGUCGGCGUUUGGCCUGUCGGGAUCGUUGGUGGUAUGAGAGUGGAGAUGCCUUUAGUCACCGAUGGGAAGGUGACCGGCUUCAAUGCAGUUUGGAAGUCGUUCAGACCAUUCCCAAUUGACAUGGCUGGUUUUGCAAUUAAUGCAACACUGUUUUUGAACCAUCCGGAGGCGAAAUUCUCGAGGAAAGUCCAAUCUGGUUUUCAGGAAAGCGAGAUACUGAAGUACUUCACCACUCGAGAGGAACUGGAACCUUUGGCCGACAACUGCACUAAGGUGUACGCUUGGCACACGCGAACCCAAAAACCCUCAAUAACGAACCCGAAGAAAUUAAAAACCCCACCCAUUCCCGACGAUCACAUCGAGGUCUGAAGCUUCAACGGUCACGAACAGGCAGAACGUGAGGAAUUUCAAAAAUCUAACAUUUCUCGAGUCUCGAGUUUCGUUCUUGGGUAAGUACUUCGACCGAUUACCAAAUUAGCGAUCGGCCAGAGACAAACUACGUCAUCUCAGCGAAACUCCAUAAAAUUACAGUUUUACAUAGAUAGGAUUCAACAGGAGAGCCGAUUUCAGAAUGAAACUGCAUCAUUACCAACUAUUGUAUAGCAUGAAUUCAAUUAAUAAAAUACUUUAAUCGAAUUUCACAGUAUUGUAUGAACAAGAUUGAGCAAUAAAUACGAAACGUUUAAAAUUAAAAAAAUAUGUUAAAAUAAUUAGCGUAAGAUGUUUCGCGUUCAUUAUGUAAGAUUACCAGUCACAGAAUCAUGACAUAACGAAAUAUAUAAUUGUAGGAAUAUGAUAUACUCCAAUUAGUACAUUAGCUAUAUACUUAGGAACAGAUUAUUUUUAUGCUGUUGCAAAUUUUUUUUUUCUUAUAUUCUUCAUGAUUGAAAGAGUGGCUUGAAAUUGUAUUUUUUAUUCCCAGUAUUAUUUUGUUUGGUAUUAUUUUUCAAAUAUGUUUUUUAUAGUUUUAUACUAAGUGCUAUUCUUCGCUAGUCUAAUUAUAUAUUCGUGUUAACGAUGUCUCAAAAUACUUUUUGUAUACAUCUUAAAUAUGUUCUCGAGAUUAUAAUAAGUAAAUAAUGAAUUAACAACUCAUUAAGCUUGGUCAACAAUGGAUCCUAAGUCUGUCAUUUGACAGCGCUUAAUUGUCAAAUGUGUCAAACUUCAAACAGAAAAAUGAUUUUUUUUUUUAUAAAAUAGGGGGCAAACGGGCAGGAGGCUCACCUGAUGUUAAGUGAUACCGCCGCCCAUGGACACUCUCAAUGCCAGAGGGCUCGCGAGUGCGUUGCCGGCCUUUUAAGAAUUUGUACGCUCUUUUCUUGAAGGACCCUAAGAUUUGACAGCUCUUAAAACGAUUAAAGUUUGAUUGACAUUCUGUGUCACUUUGCUCGCUUGUCCACUGCACAAAAUUUGUUUUAUUACUACUUAAGAUGCAUAAGUCUCGCAAUAGUUUAUAAUGGCGAAAUAUCUUGCAUCGAUGAUGCGUAAAUAGCCUAUUAAAUUAAAAAAAUCAAACCAAAACUUUGGUUCUCAUCCAAUCAAUAUAAUGCGAUUCAUUUUUCUCUUUUGAUCAAAUAACUUACAGGCUUAAAACGGAAAAAUGAACUUAAUAACGAAUCGUUUGUAAUUUAACUGUCAAUGGUAGGUUUAAGUUAAUUUACCGUAACGAGUACUCUAGGUGGAUCCUAAUAACGCACAAAACGUAUCAAACUAGCUCUAGCUCUCUAGUUCCUCUUAGAAAUUUAGACAAUAGCUGUUCUAAACUUUGGUAGAGAAUUUUACUUACAAAGCUCAUAUUUAUUUAGCCGAGACAUGGGAAGGUUUCGAACUAGCGUUCUAACGCCCACUGUGAGCCAGUCUGUUCUCUAUAUAAUUGUAUAUAACGGUGGCUGAGUAUACAACGGGCCUAAUAUAUAACAUUAAUAAUUAUAUUAAGUAUUAAGCUACGACAACUGCAGCCUCUGACAGCAAACGCAUUGGGUUUUAGUUCCGAAAAUGGCCGUGGAGCGCUGCUCAAAGUUUUCAAAUGAAAACGACUUAACUUACUGAUCGUGAUAGGGUCCCGUUGACUCUUGACGCAGCCGAUUAGGUUUAGUUAUUGAGAUUACAAUUAGUCGCUCAAAAUUGAGCAAUCAGGUGUUUGGGUUGCAUAGAAGACGCUUCUUAAGUAACAAAUUUCGUUUGAGAUUAUCGUACAACGCAUAAUAUUCGUAGUUAAUACGCUCAAAGUCGGUCUGAGUUUUAGUCUAAGAAUAGUGUUUGUACUUAUGUAGAGUUAACUUUGAAUUCUGUGAAUUCUUCACUUCCAUUAUUAUAUCGAACAAACGGCCGGAGCCAGCCUCUUAGCGUGAUUGUUUCGUUAUUAUGUUUGAAUUUUAAUUGUUUUUAAUUAUUCUUAAAAUUUAGUUUUAUUGAAAUAUAUAUUAUAAAAUAUUGCAAUUAGAAUGUAAAAUUUCGCAGAGGCCUAAACAUUUGUAACAUAGGUGGCGCUAAUUAAAAUAUGCAAUAUGAUUAAUAGAAUAAUUCAGCAAUAUCACCGUAUUUAUUGUAAUUAAGUAUGACUUUUAACAGGGAUUGAUUGCUGUCUUAAUCUAAGACUAUAUCGCAAUGUGUAAGGUUUUAUAUUAAAAUGUGAAUAAAUUAUU